AAAUUAUUGGCAACAAAAAUCGAAAAAUUACUGUGGGCGUACAGCGUAAUUUUUGUAUUGGAAAAAUUCAUUGAACCAAAAAUAUUUAUUUACAAGGAAUUGAUUUUUAGAUCGUGGGCUAAAUAAUAAUCGAGUGAUGAGGAAAACAAGAAGAAACCGAUAUGUCGUUUUUUUGUUUAAAUAAAAAAUGUAUUUCAUCCAAACCAUCUAAAUAAAAUAGCGAGAAUGUGUUAAAAUUACACAGAAUAAAUAAAAGUGAUUCACAACAUGUUUUUACAAAAAUCUAUUUGUUUUUGAUCAUCUGAAGUUCCCAUUAUGAAUUUGAUGCGCAAAUUACGUGGGGCUUCGGCCUCUACGUCUUCAGAAUCAGCAGAGGCAGCCAGUACUUCAUCCCACGUCCAACUGGGUCUAAUGCACCUGAAAAAAUUGUUUGCCGAAUACACUCACCCUCCACAGCCACUAUCCGAAUCUGAGAAGGAUGAUAAGUUGUAUAAUAUGUUGCCACUAUUUUGCAAGGUUUUCGGUACCAGUCCUAGCAGUGAUAUGAAUGAAAAAUUUUGGGAUAUACUAUCAUUUUGUCAACAAGUUUCCAAAUUAAUGGUAUCAGAAAUAAGGAAGAGAGCGAGCAAUCAGAGCACGGAGGCUGCUAGUUGUGCUAUAGCAAAGUUUUUGGAAAUAGAGAACUCUGAAGAGUCAAGCAACGGUUGGAUGUUACUGUCAACCCUAAAUUUACUAGCAGCUGGGGACCAUUCUCUUAUACAGGUCAUGACAACAGCGGCUAUUCCCUCAACCUUAGUCAAAUGUCUAUAUUUAUUCUUUGAUUUGCCGGAAAUACCUGAAUCUGAAGCAGACAUCCAGGAUGAUAACAGUGAAUUUACUCCUAGAGAAAGACGAAUAUUGCUUCAAAAGAUUUUUGUUCAGGUGCUUGUGAGACUAUCCAGUCACCCAUUUCCCUGUGAAGAGUUGGCGAGGAAAGAUGACUUAAGUUUGCUCUUCUCUGCUAUUACAUCUUGGUGUGCUCCGUAUAAUAUUAUGUGGAGAAAGUCUGCUGCAGAAGUGCUGAUGACAUUGUCUAGACAUGGAUUAACACCAGCUGUUGUGCAAUACAUACACAAUAAAGGAUGUGUUGCAUUGUGCAUAGAAAAUAUGCAAAAAAUACCAGAAUUGACACCAUUAGAGGUGGUGGAGAUGUUUGUAGCAGUGUUUUGUUUUCUGAAAGAUUCCAGUGAAGUUAGUCAACUGCUCUUAGAUGAUUUCAGAUCAUGUCAAGGAUAUUUGUUUCUAUCAGAAUUUCUUCUAAAACAUCAACAUCAAGGUGACCCUGAUCUUUUGACUAAUGGGCUGGAAGAGGAAAGAGUGAGCGGGACAGAAGCCAGAGCUGCUUUGCGGAAUUUGGUUCUAAUGAUAUCGUCGCUCUGCGCCUGUGGGUUCUCAGAGCUAAGACCAACUCGGGCUAACACAGAACUAUUCCAACUGCAAGGUUUUGUACUGCCUCAGCCGUCAGCUGCGGGACAGGCAGUAAGGAAUGUUCAAGCAUUUCAGGUUCUGCAGUCUGUGUUUUUAAAGUCCACUUCCCCAGCUUUAUGCUGCACUAUUCUUGAUGCGAUUUCGAGCGUAUAUCACGCCGAUAACGCUAAUUAUUUUAUACUAGAAAACCAAAACACACUGAGUCAGUUCUCCGAGAAAAUCUACAUGAAAAAUGCUGAAAUACAAGAGAAGUUCUUUGAACUACUAGAGUUUAUAGUUUUUCAACUAAAUUUUGUACCUUGUAAGGAAUUGAUAUCGUUGUCGCUGCUGCUCAAAGCUAAUAAAUCAAAGAGCUGUAGUAUUUUGUGUAUAAAAACUCUUCUAAAUAUUCUUAAGCACAACCCCAUCUUCAAAGACGUAUACCGGGAAGUGGGGAUGCUCGAAGUAUUCGUGACGUGUCUCACGCGCUACGCCGUCUAUCUCAAGGACAAACAACUCCUGGAGGAGGAAAAAGCUAAACAAGAUGGCGACCGGGCGAACGAAAUGGCGGGCUCGCCGAAAGUUCCAGAGAGGAGAAAAAGACAGUCGCGUCAGGAUUCCCUGAUCCAGGAUCCAAAUGCUGAUACCGAGGAGGAAGAACUGGGGUCUCUCGUCAUGGACGGCUUGACGGCACUGCUGAAUGGCAACGUCAACAACUGCAACGUGUUUCGGGAGUGCGGAGGAGCGAAGUGCGUACACGGCAUGGUCAUACACGAGUCCUGCAGGAGUAAGGCGUUGGGUGUGGUUCGCGAGCUAAUAGUGAGCGGUUCGGGCGAAGAGGACAUGGCGGCGCUGUUGUGCGGCAUGCACGCCGCGCCCGCCAGCGCCGCGACGCUCAAGCUGCACGUGCUGCGUGCGCUGCUCGUGUGUCUACGUGACUCGCACCGCACUAGGACUAUAUUUAGAAAGGUCAGCGGUUUCGUCUAUGUGACCGGUGUGCUGGUUUCACUGGAAGGGAAGUUGAAAGGUGAUGAACCUAUGGAUCGGGAUAUGUUGCAACUUAUCCACAUAGUGUUCUACACUAUCAGCACAGCCAUGAGAUUUGAGCCGGCAAAUGCAAAGUUUUUUCAUCAUGAGAUAUGUAUGACGACACUAUAUGAGACCAUACGCCUGUUGGGCUGUUUCACCGACGAUACGGAACUCCUGAAUGACACAGAACCCGGUGAUCCAGAACUGUAUGAGGUGUUUCAUGAGAUAUUCACAGGAAACAUCUUAGAAAUGACAUUUCCCGACAAAGUUCCUGCGGUGUUUGUGCACGCGUGUGUAGUGCUGCGGCUACUGUACGAUGUAGCGUUGGACGCGUUCGACAAGCCUAAUUUCUGCGGCUCGCUGGACGUCAAAUCGCCCAGUUUGACGAGACAGGGUUCGGCAAUUAAUGAGAUCAAACCGGCCGGUCGUGCUACAUCGUUAAAUCUGACAUCAGGCGGCUCAAACAAUGAGGCGUGGAUAGUGCACUCGGGCGUCGUGAUCGUUCUGGCCAAACUGCUGCCCGCUAUGCCCCGCCCACCCGAGCACGAGAAACAUGCGAGAGCUAUUAGAGACUAUCUCGCGCAUGUUUUGAAGAGCCUUGUGAGGAGUGAGCGCAAUCAACAAGUAAUGUGCGGCGCCGGCCUGGCUGGCGUGGUUUUGCGUGUGUGUGGGUGUGCGUUACGAGCGGAGCGUCAUCCGCUUCACGCGCCCGCCAUGUACGUGCUCGAGCGUCUUGCCGCGCACGCGCUGCGUCCGCAUGAACUCAGGGAUUUUCUUCGAAUGGGCAAUCCAUUGAAUUGCCAAGCUCCCGAGCCCGGGCAAGUGUGGCAACCUGGUGGGCCGGUGCCUCUUACGAGAAUCAAAACAUUAGUGUCUAUGACCACACCUCGCGAUUACAGGUCACAAAAUUCGUGCACUCUUCCGCCAUUCGUGGAAUUCGACAUGUCUGCCGAAGGUUUUGGAUGUCUGUAUCUACCGAGCAUAGCGCCGCAGUCUGCAAAUUUGAACGCAUUGGGCACGCAAGAUACAGCUACACUCGGCGGCAUUGGAUCAGGUGACCGAGUCUUCCCGCCGCAAACCGGCCUCACAUAUUCCACGUGGAUAUGCGUGGAGAAGUACUCCGACCCGCGUACCGACCCGCACUGCGUCCGCCUGCUGACGCUCGUACGCAACAUCAACAACAGCCGCGACGAACACCUCGUAUGUCUGACGGUUGUGUUAUCUGCCAGAGAUAAGGCGAUUAUCGUGUCGACACAAGAGACUCUGGUUCCGCAUAACGUGGGCGAGUGGGAGCCGGAGGGCACGGGCGAGUGCGGCGCGCGCGUGUGGUGCCCGGACCUGCAGCAUGAGGGACAGUGGCACCAUCUCGCGCUGCUCUUCAACCGCGCUGUACUCAAGAACUCCUCGUUCUCGCUGUAUCUUGAUGGCCAGCACAUGCACUCGGGCAAGCUGCACUACGUGAGCGCGAACCCGGGUGGCGGCGCGGCGACGUUGUCGGGCGCGUCGAGCGUAUACUGCGUCGUGGGCACCCCGCCGCAGUGGCGUCGCUACUCGCGCCUCGUGUGGAGGCAGGGGCCCGCUCUGCUCCUAGAAGACGUGCUACCAGCUCAGACGAUAUCAGUAAUUUAUCAGCUCGGUCCUCACUACGUAGGCACAUUACAAGCUCCUAUGUUACCUGGACCUAACCAAGAACCGCUUGCGCCGUUGAUCGCAGAAGAGAAAGUAGUUUUUGGCAUAAACGCCCGUGCUUUAUCUCAAUUGACUCUAGCUAAGAUACGCAAAGUUUACAGCAAGAAUGAUAAUAAAGCUAUAGCGAAACAGCUCGGCAUGUCGUCCCAUGAGAAUGCGACUCCUAUAAGGAUCCUACAUAACUCCGCUGGUCAUCUUAUGGGGCCGGCGCGGUGCUUGGGUGGCACUGUUGUUGGCUAUUUGGGCGUGAGGGUAUUCUGUCCCAAGCCUGCAGCUAUAAUGAUUGAUACCGUUGGUGGAUGUUCAGUUCUUUUGGGGCUAAUAGCAAUGGCCCAAGACGUAGAGUGUUUGUAUGCUGGUGUCAAGGCACUAGUAUGCGUGGUACGGUCCAACAAAGCGGCUCAAGCCGAGAUGGACCGGCGAAAAGGUUAUCAAACAUUAGCCAUGUUAUUGAAAAGGAAGAAGCAACUGCUCAACUCACACAUAUUGCAUUUAGUAUUUGGACUUGUCGGUACAGUUGAUAGCCAGAAAGAAACGUCGUCGAUUCCAAAUUUAACAGCAUUUCAGGAUCUCAUCUGUGACUUGGAAGUCUGGCUCGGGGCACCGGGUGGUCUUAUUAAAUCCUUACUGGAGCAUCUACUGGAACUAGCCACGGAAACCGCACACAGAACGCACAAUCUCCGCACAAUGAGGGAACUUCAGUUGGUCCCGAAAAUUCUCUACAUAGUCAAUGACGUCAAAGUCGCAAGCACAAAGAACGUUCUUAUACACCUACUAACUGCCCUCCUAGGGGGUCAGCCUAGACCCAGCGACCUGUUAUGCUUGGGUCAAUUUAUGGCGUACACUUUACCACUUCCGUCGCAAACAGAGAAAGAAAUAGACAUAAAAGAUGGUGAAUUUGACACCGAAGGCGAAUGUGACAGUAUUAUUUUAAGAAAUAAAUGCCUGAGUGUACUACAUGGUCUGCUGUUUACACAGAGGAAUUUAGUUAAUUCCAUUGUAUGCGAGGAGAUAUCGAGAGUGCUCGGUAUGGAUUGGCUGCUCAGUUUCAUGCAAGAGAAUGUUCACCCGAGCUCUGUGCUGUGGGCUCUGAGAAUACUGGUUAUUCUCUGCUCAGGACAAGGCCAACAGUCCGGUAUAUUACAACGAUUUCGUGAGGGUGCGGGCACGGGCGGAUGGUUGCGUCACACGGAGCCGGCUGCGCGCGCUGCGGGCGUACUACUGGCGGGCACGCAGCCGGCACCUAACUCGCAUCUGCACGCUCCGUUGUUAUACAUGCCUGGAUUUACGUUGCUCGCAUGGUCGUGUCUAUACCACCUCGAUAUACCAGAGUUAUACUACUUACUAUUCGGCCUGGCUUUGGGCCAGCCGGCGCGAGCCACGGCUGGGGAACGCGCCCUAAGUGUCGAGCGUGUAUGGGCGGCGGCGUGGGGUGCAGCCGCACCGCAGCGGCAAUCCGCAGCGGCGCUUGCAGCAAGAAUAUCGUUGAGUCCCGAGCCCGUAGUGAUAUUACUCGCGGCUGCGCGUGCGCUCGUCCACGAUCCUGCACGCACAGGCCCGGACGCGCCGGCGUGGAGGGCCGACCAUCCGCUAGCUAUUGUCCAGGUUCUCUUCUCUCUAUACAACACAUUACCGGAUUUCGUGACUCUAGUGAUGAGUGCCGAAGUUCUUACGGCACUGGCCUCGAUACUCUUUCCACCAAACACAACGGAUGAUAUACACAUGCCGGCCAUAUGCGAGAGCGGCGACAGUUCUGGCGCGUCGACGCCGGGUACGGAGGACCCGCCCGCUCUGGGUGCGGGCGCGGCGCUCACCACGCACCCCGUGCGUACCGCUGUCAUGGACUUCCUGCGCGUCGUCGUGUUAGACUCGCUACCGUUGAGCGUGUCGGCUAAGUCUGCACCGACCGCUGACACAGUGCAAGCGACAAUGUUUUGUACGCCAUGUAGUUUCGCCACGUCAAGAUCGUAUUUCUUUAGCGUAAUCGAUCUUGUAUUGGAUGCAUCACCUGUAAAUUCAACAAGUCAACAACAAAUAGAAUAUCAAACAGAGGUUUUGACGACAAUAAUGGAAAAUCUACUGAACACGGAACUAUUUAGUUCAGAGACUAAUAUAUCUAAUGUUUGCUACUUGGCUGCAAGGCUAGUUGAUAAACUAUGGCAGGGGCAACUUUCGAGAGAUCCACAUGAGGUAUUUGAUUUCUUAGUAAAAUUACUAACUCAAGCGAAAAAGAAGUCAUCUGUAAUAUCAUUGGAAGGCCUACAUCAUUGCCUCAAUCGGGCAAUUCUGUAUUUAUUGUCGCGCUCCACUGAGUCUAUUGCUGACCAAAUGUCGGUUUUGGAAGCUUUACAUAAACUGACUACAAAUAGGUUACUAAUAUUUGGAGCGGGUAAUCAUGAGCCAGAAUUUAUUGGCUGUUUAACUUACUGCUUGCUGCAACUGAGCGCAAAUAUGAAGAUUGCUCUGGACUCGCACAUGCGUACCACGUGGCAUGUUAAUCCUAGUGGAGAUUUGGAGUCACAGGAUGACAAACUUACAGCCCAUCAAGGUCGUAAUCUAAUGGCGGGUGCGGCGCGGCGUGUAUGGGAGGAGCUAUAUGCGUGCAAGAAGCCCGCUAUAGAGGAGGUGUUCAAGGUCACGCUCGCUUGCGGCGCCGCGAAAGCACCCGCGUUACCGGCCGUACGAGACCAAAUCGCAGACGCCGCCGCUAAACUGUGGCUCGCCUAUCUAGACGCUGAGAGGAAGGCUGUUUAUCGCGUACCAUGGGAGCUACAUAACCAAAUACAGUCGAAGAUACAGAAGGUGACCGGUGGGCUGACUCGACUAGCGUCGCGGACUAAAGUCAAGAAAGAAGAAUCAGUGAAACAGAGAUCUCAUCUGCCCCGAGAACACGCUCUAGCGUAUAUGCAGGAUCAUGUUCAAUUAGUGAGGGCCGCAUGGGUGAGCGGUGCGGCGGCGCGGGCCAGCACGGCUGCGCAUACAACACGUUACGUACAAGCAGAAUGGGCCAGCGCAUGGCGGGAGUUGGUUCGAGAGCGAGGUCUGUGGGGACCGCCCACCGCGUCGCCGCUCGACAAGUGGGCGUUACACUGCACCGAGGGGCCCGCGCGCAUGCGCAAACAACUGCGCCGCAACCCCGCCUUCUACACGCACUACCCGCAUCGCCCGGAGCUUGAGCGCUCUAACAACAAACAACUGAAAUACAAAGUGGCGCAGAGCCGAGACAGUAAGGAGUACUACAGAGUGUACCAACAGUGGCGCAGCGUCAGCACCUACGGCGAAACCGACGUUAUAGAGACGACAGAAAUACAGAGCUAUGAAGAAGAUAUUAACACAUCCACGAAUAAAGAACAAAUCUCCAUAGAAGUAGCCAAUGAAGAUGGUUCGCCUUCGGAUUUAGUUAGCAGCGGUGUCGUGAGCAAAGGGACGAUCCAGUCAAUAGAUGCAAACGAAGAUGGACCAGACGUUGAAGAUGAGGAUGAACAGCAACCUCUGCCUCCGGACAACCAGACACUACUCAGGCUGUUGGAACACCAUGAAAAGAUAUCACACAUGUUCAGAUGUGCUCGUAUACAAGGUCUCGAUACCACGGAAGGUCUUUUGCUGUUUGGUCGGGAGCAUUGCUACGUCAUCGAUGGGUUCACUCUCCUAAGAAAUAGAGAGAUAAGAGACUUGGACGGAUGUCCUGAGGACUACGAGCCAAUAUUACCUAGUCAGGGCAUUCAGCGCAGCAACCAGAGACAAUGCUCUAAGUUCUUAUACGAGGACAUAAGGGAAGUACACAAGAGAAGAUAUCUACUGCAACCAAUAGCACUCGAAGUUUUUUCCAGUGACGGUCGUAAUUACUUACUCGCUUUCCCGAGGAAAGUUAGAAAUAAGGUAUAUAGCCGGUUCACGGCGCUAGCGACGGGCAUGGCGGACAGUGCGGCGGGCUCGGUGGCGGGUCAGCGUCGCGGCGUGGCUGUCGAGCAACCCGCUGGGUUACUGGCCUCGCUCAUCGGUGACACCUCUGUUACGCAGCGGUGGCUGAGAGGAGAAAUAACGAACUUCCAAUACCUGAUGCAUUUGAAUUCUCUGGCGGGUCGAUCCUACAACGAUCUCAUGCAGUACCCAGUGUUCCCGUGGAUCCUCGCUGACUACGAUUCGUUGGAGUUAGAUCUUACUAAUCCCGCCACGUUUCGUGAUCUCACAAAGCCAAUGGGUGCUCAGAGUCCAGAUAGGCUUGAGCAGUUUAGGAAACGAUAUAAGGAAUGGGACGAUCCUCACGGUGAAACUCCACCAUAUCAUUACGGCACGCAUUAUUCUUCAGCCAUGAUAGUAUGCUCUUACCUGGUACGAAUGGAACCGUUUACUCAACAUUUUCUAAGGCUCCAAGGUGGCCAUUUUGACUUGGCGGACAGAAUGUUCCACUCCAUUAAAGAAGCAUGGAACUCAGCAUCUAAACACAAUAUGGCAGAUGUGAAAGAAUUAAUACCGGAGUUCUUUUACUUGCCCGAAUUCCUACUCAACUCUAACAAUUUUGAUUUAGGGUCCAAACAGUCUGGCGUCGCUCUAGGCGAUGUCGUCUUACCGCCGUGGGCUCGCGGCGAUCCGCGCGAAUUCAUACGCGUGCACCGCGCGGCGCUUGAGUCCGACUACGUGUCGCACCGCCUGCAUCACUGGAUAGACCUCGUGUUCGGGUAUAAACAGGCCGGCCCACCCGCUGUCGAGGCCUGCAAUGUGUUCCACCAUCUGUUCUACGAAGGAAAUGUCGAUAUUUACAAUAUCGAUGAUCCACUAAAGAAGAAUGCUACAAUCGGAUUUAUUAACAACUUCGGCCAAAUACCAAAGCAGCUUUUCAAAAAAGCGCACCCGAGCAAAAAGAUGUCCCAACGAAGUUCCACAAUACUAGAUCCGAAUAAUAUUAUACCAUCCCAAGGCAUCACUCCGCCUGAGAAGUUGUUCUUCCAUAACUUAGAGAAUUUAAGGCCUUCUUUGCAGCCAGUCAAAGAGGUAAAAGGUCCUGUCGGUCAAAUCCUUUACACGGACAAGGCUAUACUGGCAGUGGAACAGAAUAAAGUGUUGAUGCCGCCAACCUACAACAAAUACGUGGCGUGGGGCUUCGCGGACCAUUCCCUGCGUAUCGGCAACUAUGAUAAUGAUAAGGCUGUAUUCGUUUGUGAGUCCGUCGCGCAGGCUUGCGGGGAAAUCGUCGCGUGCGUCUGUUUGUCCGAUAAGACCAUUGUCACGGCUGGUACCAGCACUGUGGUGACAGUAUGGCAGUACUGGGCGCGCCGGCGGAAGCUAUCAGUAAAGACGUGCCUGUACGGGCACAGCGACGCGGUCACGUGUUUGGCGGCUAGCCCCGCCUACAACCUCGUCGUGAGCGGCAGUCGCGACGGUCUGCUAUUAGUGUGGGACGUAGAACGCGGCGCGUACGUACGCCAGUUGAAACCGCCCAUCGCGACCGUAUCGCUGCCGCCCGUGUCCGCGCUGGCUAUUGAUGAUAUCACGGGUGACAUAGCGACGUGUGCGGGCAGCUGGCUGCACGUGUGGUCUAUCAACGGCACGCUGUUGGGCGGGGCAGACGCCGGCGGCGAGCGCGCGCAGAUCCUGUGCGUCGCAUUCAGCCAGACGCGAGAGUGGGACCCGCUCAACGUGGUGAUUACGGGCUCCGGUGAUGGCGUUGUUAGGAUGUGGUCUAUUGAAUACGUUCUGAAGACGGAUGAUCACGAUACUACGGCAGAAAUUGAUGAAGCUGACAGUUUACAAAAAGACAAAACUUUGGAGAGCGGUGAGCAGACCACCCUCGAGAUCGAUAGCGUAGACAAAGAAGACGAAUCACAGAGCAAAACGGAAACUGAGUCAGAGAGGGACGCAGCAUUAAAGAGGGUGGAAGCAUUGGUGAAACAAAUGAGUUUGUCACAGGAACAAGAAGUACAUUUAACGAAAUCUGGAUCGGAGAGUUCUUUAUCGGACGUGGGAGAGACGACUAGCGCCAAGGAAUCAGCGAGGAGGCACGACGAGAAAGAUAUAUGCAGCGACGAAGAAACACAUACAGACCACGUCGAUUCCUGCGAAGAGGGUAAAGAAUAUGACAACGAGAAGGACACGGGUGCGGACAGAGAUGACACUAGUGCAGAUAGAGAUGACACAAAUGCAGACAGAGAUGACGCGAUUGCGGACAAAGACAACGUUACGCACCGGACCAAGUUGCAAAAGCAGGGCAAUGUGGUACUGCGUCGCAAGUCAAAAACUAACCCCCUGUACCGCAAAAGUGGCGGCAGCAUCGGCGACAGUAGCGAGUCCGGUUCAGUGGACAUGGCGGUGCCGGCGGAGGGUGAGGGGGGGUUGCGGCCGAGCAAGUCCGACACUUCGCUCACGGACUCAUUCGUUGUGCUCGCUGCGCCCGAGCCCGCCCCGCCCCCCGCGCCACGCCCAGUCGCUGAACCUGCACCAGAGGGCGGUCAGUGGGUGCGUCGUCUGGUGCUGCGCGGCAAGCUGACGAUGCACACGGCGUUCGAGCGGCGCGACAACGCCACGCCCGCCGCCGUCACCGCGCUCGCUGCGGCGCGCUCCGGACGCGGUCUCGCGGUCGGCGACGGACGGGGACGGAUAUUCCGAUGGUCGGCGCCGGACAUGACGAGCGCUGCGGGCGCGAAGGGCGGCCCCGCGGACCACUGGAUUCGCGAUGACACCGCACCAUUCUGCACGCAAUGUCAGGUCCGCUUCACGGCUCUAGAGCGGCGGCACCACUGCCGCGAGUGCGGCGCGGUGUUCUGCGGCCGCUGCUCGCGGUACGAGGCGCCGGUGCGUCGCCUGCGUGCGCUGCGGCCCGUGCGCGUCUGCCAGCGUUGUCACGACAACAUACACGCCUCGCGGGAUUAAACGUUGCUACGAUAACCUCCACGACUCGCGCAGGUAGUAGGGUCGAUUCCGACCGCAACGCGACGCGUAGAUGCAUUUCUAAAUUUGUACGGAUUCGAAAGAUUUGCAAGACGUCUCACGCAAUUGUAAUUCUGUCAAUUCAGUACAAAUUUAGAAAUGCGUCUACGCGUCGCGUUGCUGUCUGAAGUGACCCUUAGACGGCGUUGCAAUGACAACGUACACGCCUCGCAUCGUUAUUCAGUGUUUCCAUGCCAAUAUCCACGCCUCGUGCGAUUAGACAGAGUUGUCAAGACAAAGUAUACGCUCCGCACGAUCAAACAGCGUGCGGUACCGUUGUCAUAACGACACAUGCGCAACAGCAUUCAAUACUUUAAAAUAUAAUGAUGUUAUUAUCUGGACGAAUAUACUUGUCUAUAUAGGUAUUACUCCGACUUGAUAUUUAAUCAACAAUCGCGCUCAAUAUAAUCCUUAAAAUAAAUAAUAAUCAAGAAUCCAAUAAUCACUUUUAACCCUUGAUGGAUUCGAUAUGGACUAUUUGUUGCAACUUGCAAGCAGUGUGGUCCAGCGAUUAACAUUAUUGUUAAAGAUUCUAUUUAAUAUACUUUGUCACAAAGUUAAAUCAUGUAUGGAAUGAAAAUUACCUAUCACUAUUUUAUUGAGAAGUAAUAACAAUCACCAUGGAGGCUGUUAAAAAAAUAAAAAGUUUCGGGCUAACAAAAAUGAGUAUUAAUGAAAUAAGUUAUAUGGUAGUGACCAUGACUAAUUUAUAAUAAAAGUAGCUGUUCC